AUGGGGGUCGUUUGGAGGGUCUGGGGGGUCCAGCAACUGCGUGGUAGGUGUUUGAGAAGAGACGUUGGUACGGGGAUGAUGCAUAGCAACAGUAAUGAGAGUCGCGGGACGCGCGGAACGCGCGACAGACGAGGGUACGCGAGUACAGGAGACGAAGAAGGCGAGGGCCCGCUGGGCGGGAUACAAGAGGGACUGCUCGAGGGUGGGGACUCCCCCGGCAGUGAAGGUGAAGAAGUGGAAGAAUCCGAGGCAGCGGCGGCUGCAGCGGCCGCCGCUGCCGCCGCAACCACUGCCACUACGGCUACAGCGGACGGUCAAGAGGGGGAAGACGAGGACGUCUUCCAGAACGUCGGCCAGGGCCUCACGGGCCACUACCGCGAGAUCAUGGUGCAGUACUGGCAGGAGCUGAUCGACGAGGUCGAGUCUACGAACGAACCCGGGUCAGGCGUGCGCGACGACUUCCGCUCGCACUCGCUGCCCUUCGCGCGCAUCCGCAAAGUGAUGAAGACGGACGAGGAGGUGCGCAUGAUCAGCGCGGAGGCGCCCAUCAUCUUCGCCAAGGCCUGCGAGAUCUUCGUCACGGAACUCACGAUGCGCGCCUGGUGCGUCGCAGAACGCAACAAACGCCGCACGCUCCAGAAGGCAGACAUCGCAGAGGCCCUCAAGGGAAGCGACAUGUUCGACUUCCUCAUCGACAUCGUACCGCGCCAGUAA